CCGGGGCGCAGGAGCCCAUCCGCGGGGCCGGGCACUCCGAGCAGACGUGCGCUGCUGGCGGGACGCAGGCGCCGCGAGGGCAGCCGGGCGAGCGCCGGGGCCUCGGCGGCGCGGCGGGAGGCGGGGCAGGAAGGCACGCGCGGCGCCGCAGCCUCACCCGGCGCGGGGAGUGGGCUCUGCCCGCAGUCCCCCUGGGGCUGCUGCCUGCCCCAGGCUCCUACAGAGGACACGUGUCAGCACGUUCCCGCCGUUGUCAUCUCAUCCUGUGUCAUAGCCCCUCCCUCAGGCCUGGGACCCCCGGCCGCAUUAUCCCUGGGCCCAAUCCCCGCGCUGACCCGCGGUCCUGGCCGGGUCUCUUUCCUCUACCGGCGCGUCUUCUCUGCCCAGGCCCCCGCAGAGGACACUCUCGGCACGGUCUCGCCCCUGUAUCAUCUCAUACCCCUGUCUAGUUCCACCGCAGGCCUGGGAGCCCCGGUCACCGACGGCCCACUGUUCCCGGGCCCAGCCCCUGCGCUGACCGCAGGCUCGGCCGUCGCUCUGACUGGCGUGUUUCCCCCGGCAACGCCCCGCGACCCAGGAUGCAGCCUUCAGGCUGGGUGGCCGCCAGAGAGGCGGCGGGCCGCGACAUGCUGGCCGCAGACCUCCGGUGCAGCCUCUUUGCCUCGGCGCUGCAGAGCUACAAGCGUGACUCGGUGCUGCGGCCGUUCCCUGCGUCCUACGCCCGCCACGACUGUAAGGACUUUGAGGCCCUGCUUGCAGAUGCCAACAAGUUACCUAACCUGCAAGAACUUCUCCAGUCCUCCGGAGACAAAGACAAACGGGCCUGGGACCUGUUUGAAAAGAUUCAGAAGCUGACUGGUACCCCUCACACACCUGUCCCCACGCCAGACUUCCUGUUUGAAAUCGAGUACUGCGACCCAGCCAACUCCAAAUUUUAUGAGACCAAAGGAGAACGAGACCUAAUCUACGCCUUCCAUGGUAGCCGCCUAGAAAACUUCCAUUCCAUCAUCCACAAUGGCCUGCACUGCCACCUGAACAAGACAUCCUUGUUUGGAGAGGGGACCUACCUCACCAGUGACUUGAGCCUGGCCCUCAUUUACAGCCCGCAUGGCCAUGGGUGGCAGCACAGCCUCCUCGGACCCAUCCUUAGCUGUGUGGCCGUGUGUGAGGUCAUUGACCAUCCAGAUGUCAAGUGCCAAACCAAGAAGAAGGAUUCCAAGGAGAUAGAUCGCAGAAGAGCGAGAAUCAAACAUAGUGAAGGGGGAGACAUCCCUCCAAAGUACUUUGUGGUCACCAAUAACCAGCUCCUGCGAGUGAAGUAUCUGCUGGUGUAUUCGCAGAAGCAGCCCAAGAGGGCUUCAAGCCAGCUGUCUUGGUUUUCCAGCCAUUGGUUUACCAUCAUGAUAUCCCUGUAUCUGCUGCUGCUGCUCAUAGUGAGUGUCAUCAACUCCUCUGCUUUCCAACACUUUUGGAAUCGUGCAAAGAGAUAAUCUUUCUGGGGCUGUUGUGGAGGCCAUUUCAAACCAUGUGCCUUACGAUAAAUUGUUCUAUACCUUCUGUGCCUUACAUGAAGCCAGGUUGAGCCUGGGGGCCAGUUGGGGACCAUAGGACAGAUUUUUUUAUGCCAUAAAUGUAUUGAUUGCCUUUGAUGCUUCCAGCCACACUCCAGUCAAUGGGGACCACUGGCCCCUCACUCUUAGGUUUCGAGGGAGCCUUCCCAUCUGUCUCUUCCUAAAUAAUCCUAGGGAGUUGGCUUUUCAGCCAGAGCCAAAGGAAAAAGUCCUGCUGCAUUUAAAAACAAAGUGUCCAAGCUGUCAGAGGGGUGUUUACAAUUGCUUCUGGCGGAGGUUGGCCCUUUCUAAUGACUUCUGGAAGGCGGAAAAUGUGUAGCGUGGACUAUAAAUCAUUAGGCAGUUGCCUUAUUUUGACUUGAGACACCCAAGAGGGACAGUCAUGUUUCUCAUAAAAAUCAGUGGGAUCAUUUUGAAUUCCAUCAGCCUUUGUAUGUGAGUGCAAAACAUUUUAACAGUUUUUUCAAAUCAACAAACAAGCCUUCUGCUACAGCUGUACCUCCCCCACCCUCCCAACCAUGGAUGAGAAAGGAAGGAGCCAGAGGCCUGAUUAAAAAAAAGAAAGACUUAAUAAUGAGCAACUCAAGUUGUCUUUUUCUAAAAAUUACCAACUGCUGAUUACAGCUGAAAUAGAACCAAGUGUUUGUUUUCUGAUUUUUUUUUUUUCAAUAGCUGUUUGACACUAGUCUUUGUGAGCUGAGUUAUGGGGAAAUUUCUAAACCUAGAGCACCAUUUGGCCAGUGUCCACGCCUCUUUCAUGGCUGUUUUAGAGAAAGGGAUUUGAGCUGCAGGCUCGCCCCCUGUCUCAUUCUCACGAAGCUGCCUUGAUUGUGGCUUGCCAGCCCCAAGUGCCAUGCUGCAGGCCUUCUGUGGGCUGCUGGCUUUUGAGACAGAGACCUGCCUCAGGGUGCCACAGAUCUGCAUGGAUUGAGCUUCUUUCAGAGAAUCUCAGGUCGUUGGGACUCAGCCUGGGAUUUAAUGUGUAGGAAAAGCCUCUGGCUGCCCAGAGUCAUGGUCCUACUUGCUGUAUUCUCUGCUCUCUCCUUCCUGCUGGGUUUCACCUAUAAUGGAGCUUGGUCUGAUUUGGGGGUGAGAUUUCUGUAAAGAAAGGAAAAAUAAUUUUUCUAUAAUUUGUAAAGUUGUGAAAAAGCACUAUCAUGGUUUUUACACUGAAUAU